AUGCCUUCUCAACUCAGCAGGGUCGGGAUACCUAUCCGCCCCGCCACGCAUCACCUCAACCACCAACGCGACCAGCCAGCAACCGAGUUCAACAAGACACAUAAGCACUCCCGCUCCUCCUAUUCCGAGUCGUCUCCCCUCGUUUCCCGCAACAACUCCCUCACUUUCCGCCCCCCUAAGCGCUUCAUGUCCUCACCCGACAAGACCAUUGCCGUCAUCAAUGCCAGCGGUCGGCAGGCCGCCUCCUUCAUCAGAGUCGCCACCGCCGUCGGAUACCACGUCCGCGCCCAGUUGCGCAACCUCGAAGGUGUUGUAGCCACUGAAGUGAACUCAAAUCCCAACGUGACCGUCCUCGUUGGUGAGCUUUACACGCGACACAAGCCCACACCCGACAACCGCGACGUCACCAAGAAUGGCCCCAUUUCCGGCGUAGGAGUGAACCAUGAGCUCAUCAGCGACCUUUUCAGGGGCACGCAGCUAGCCUUCAUCAACACCACCUUCUACGGCGAUGAGUUUCAGAUUGGCAAGGCGCUUGCCGACGCCGCCAAGAAGGCGAAUAUCCAGCACUACAUUUACUCAUCCAUGCCGGAUCACUCAGCCUACAACUCUGAGUGGCCAUCAUUGCCUUUAUGGGCCUCCAAACACCAGGUCGAGGAGUACAUCCGCAAGAUUGAACUUCCUGCGACCUUUGUGUACACGGGUAUCUACAACAACAACUUCACGUCCUUGCAAUACCCUCUCUUCUGCAUGGAACUGCAGGCCGAUGGGUCCUUCCGCUGGGAAGCUCCGUUUCACGAAGAUGUGAAGCUGCCAUGGAUCGAUGCUGAGCAUGAUGUCGGGCCCGCCAUCAUCCAGAUCUUCAAGGACGGCGCGUCAAAGUGGCGUGGCCGGCGCGUCGCGCUCGCCUGGGAAAUGCUGACGCCGCGUGAGGCCUGCAAGGUCUUCGCCAAAGGUGUCGGUCGGCCCGUCAAGUAUGUCAGGGCGCCUAUCCACCUCAAGGUGAAGAUUCCUACUGGAUAUCGAGAACAGCUCGAGGCUCUGGAAAAGCUCUUCGGUCUUGGCCACGAUGACCCCAAAAAGCAACCGCCAUACUUUGGCGACGCCGAGCUCGACGAUAGCUGCCCGGAGCAAUCCAUGGCGCUUUGGGAAGGGCCUCGGGGCCUGGAGGAAUACGCACGAGAGGUCUUCCCGCUCGAGGAGCAAGCCAAUGGUCUUACAUGGAUGCUUGAAGAAGAAGAUUUGCACGAAGAAGUGGCCCAGGGCCAUACAAUUUCCCAGGAGAGGGUCGAUGAAGAGCAUGGAGAAGAAGGAGAGGAAGAAGACGACGAGGACGAGGGACUCGUGAUGAGAGGACUGAAGAGGGACGAAGAACAAUGGCUGGCCUAA